AGUGGUGAAUGGCCUUCCUCCUGUUGGAGAUGCAAAUGUACGUCUCUUCCUGUUGAUGUCAAGGAGGAGUAGGGAUGACGUUGUGCCGUACUUUAAAACAGAGCCAGGCCUUCCGCAGAUCCACUUGGAAGGGAACCGCCUCGUGCUCACUUGCCUUGCGGAAGGGAGCUGGCCUUUGGAGUUCAAGUGGACGCACAACGACAGUGAGCUCACCACCUACACCAGCGAAUAUAAGUACGUUAUUCCAUCUUUGCAAAGACUGGAUGCCGGGUUUUACCGCUGCGUUGUUCGAAACAGAAUGGGAGCACUCUUGCAAAGAAGAUCAGAAGUUCAAGUUGCAUAUAUGGGAGAUUUCACGGAUGCAGACGAGAGACGAGUGAUCUCGGAAGGCCGCGCGGCCGUCCUCAGCCUGCCGCCCAUCAGCAGCUGCCCCCGGCCCCAGGUGACGUGGUUCCGAGAGGGGCACAAGAUUAUCCCCAGCAGCAGGAUAGCCAUCUCACUGGAGAGCCAGCUGGUGAUCCUGGCGGCGGCGGCCAGCGACGCGGGGGCCUACUACGUGCAGGCGGUCAACGAGAGAAACGGGGAGAACAAGACCAGCCCUACUUAG